GAAACAAAUGCAUUUUUUAUUUUAAGACUGCAUGUUUGAGUCAUUAUGACUACUACUCAUGUAGUACCUUUUAUUCAUAAAUAUUAUUUCAGAUCAAGAGGCACUUAUUACGAACGUACCAUAUACUAUAGUUGUGCUUUUCGAUACCUAUAUACUUGAAAAAUUAGAGUGUUAUCAAUUGCAUUCCUGUGUAUUCUUUUUUCCGAAUUAACAGUGACAAUGAAAAAAAAAAUCAAUGAAAAUUUGUAUUGGUUAAAACAGGGGCAAGGUUAAGCAUCGGUCAGCGCGCUAUCAGCUCGGAACAGGUGCAAUCGAUCAGUUUCCAUGCGAUAUGAUUGUCCAGUGGUAGUAGGUCUAUGGUUAAACUGAUAUGGUUUUGUCAUAAAUCACGGACCAUAAAUUCCACCUGUGUGAGGCAUUCAGUGCAGCAUCCAAAAAUAUAGCAUUCAAAGUAAACCAUUUAAUAAAGUGGGCACUGCAGCCUAUAGUUUAUCACUGAGCUUUUCUAAGCAUGGAAACUUGGGGGGUAAAACCAGGGAGAACAGGGAUCACAAAUCCCUGGUAAAACCAUUCACAUUGUGACAACUAGGAAAAGCAUAGUCUAUACGCAAGGAGUUGGUUUGGUUUGGUUUGGCGGCUAAAACAAAAGCAGACGAUCGCGCAUCUGAGACCGAUGACACGACCCUAGCGCUGCUUCAUAAUCAUCUCAAUUUGUGGCACGCGCGCAUCCGCAGUGAUGAAUGGAGCAGGCAUCCAACGUACAAGAAGAAGCAACAGGAUGCGUGGAAAAUCUGUGGUGUGGGACCACUUCAACUGCGAGGAUGAAGACGGCGGGCAGGGGUCCUCACCAAUCGGUGGUAAGUGUCGGCCUGCCGCCUACUGCAGCUACUGCAAUCUCAAGUACACCUUUCCUAACGCCACCAAGAUGAUGAGACACUUGCUCAAGUGUUCCCUGUGCCCUGAUGCCACCAAGCGGGAGUUGGAGCAGAGCGGGUUUGGUGAAUACCGUGUCGAUCACAACGGCACAUCCAUAAACACUUCGCAUGAUGAUGAUCUGCAUGCGACGCCCUCUAUGGUCCGUCAGAUGAUUUCACCAGUCUAUGUGGAGAACGAAAGUCCAACGCCGGGGACCUCGGCGCUGUCGCCGCACGCUGGGUUCUUGGUUGUUCCGAAUCCGCUACCUCGGAACGAUCACCACGAGAUGAGGGCAGGCCGUUUGAGCGGUGAUUCCAAUAGGAUGGAGGACCAGGAUCAGGUCUUGCCUGCAGACAGGUCUCUGGCAAGAGCAGUAUUCUCUACAGACGUUCCGCUAGAUAUCGUACAGAACGUGCACUGGCAAGAGCUGUUUCGGCAUCUUCAGCCAUCGUACACCUUACCGUCCAUAGAAACACUCACCGGGAGACUCCUCGAUGAUGAGUACAUGGCGACAUUCGAAAGGGUGUCAGCCGAAAUCAGCAAGGCUAAAUUCGCAGCUGUGUUGGCGCAUAGUCACCACAGUGGUAGCAGGACUUAUCCGCUCAUGGGGAAAAAGAUCAACCUUAUCAUCACCACACCAAAGCCUAUGUUCGUAGGCUGCAUGGACGCUGGACAACAGCAGAACCCUUCUGUUGUUGCCGAAGUAAUCUCGGGUGUGAUUGCCAAGACAGGCCCGAGUCAUGUGCUCCUUGUCACCACAGACUUGACCAAGAACUUCCGUGGAGCCUGGUCAAUCAUUACAUCGCGCUUUCCGUUGAUCACCAUGGCAGGUUGCCCGAUCGAAGGACUUAAAAUGAUACCAAAGACUCUCUUGGCGCAGGACACGGUGCGUGGUAUGGUCAAGCGAUCUUUCAAAGUGUGUGACUUCUGGAAUCGACUGGUCUUGAACGAUGAAACCCUGAGCCAUCUUCAGUUACCAUGUUCAGCUUCAGAAGAGAAUGGAAUCAUGAGCACCACCGAGGUGAUGAUUGCUCUAGAUGGUUUGAGGGAAUGCAAAGAAAAAUUGCAAGAUUGUGUUCUUGCCAAAACAGUACCCGUCGACUCCGAAAUCAAAGAGAUCAUCCUGAAUAAGUUGUUCUGGGACACAGUGAAUCUCAGUGUUCAGGUGUGGCAUAUCAUCCAUCUCGCCAUAGCUAAGCUUGAACUAGAAACAGCUCGGCUGUCAGACGUUGUCGUCGAAAUCAUGAAAGCCGACAAGUCCCUGGAGGAUGCCGUCGGUGACUCGUGUUUGAAAGGAAACGAGAGAGAACCCAUCCUCCAGCAAUCGCAUGAAGUCAAACUAUCUUGUUGGACAAAUCUGCACUACGCCGCCUGCCUUGUCGAUCCGAGAUACUGCGGAAACUGUUUGCCCGAGAGCGCCACCAACGAUGCCAUUCAGUACAUUGUAGAGUUAGGCAAGCACCUCGGGCAAGACGUUGGUCGCGUUCUGGCCAACCUUGCCGAGUUUCGCGCCAAGGAAGGACGUCUUUGGUCGCAGGAGUACGUCUGGGAGGCUUCCUCACACGUGGCUCCAGCAACGUGGUGGAAGGGGAUCUGCGACAGACAACCUCUCUCCCAGAUCGCUUCAGGAAUCCUGGGCCUAGCCGUGACGUCAUCGAUGUCGGAGGCGGUGGCGUAUCACCGUGAGGAGAACGUGAGUCGUGAUCAGGCGCAGAAGAUCAUGUUCGUCCGCGCAAAUAACGAAGUGAUGUCCAACCCAAAUCACCACCCUGAUAUGAUCAUGGUUCCUGGUGGAUAUUAGAACUUGAUCAAUAUUCCAGACAUUUCAAGACAAGUUGUACCCUCGAUAAUUGUUUUUGUUUGUUCGAAUGUUCAUUCAUUUGUUUGUAUCUUUUUGUUUUGUUGUUACUCAGAUAUUGGUUUGUGAUAGAGAUUAGAGGUCAUUUUUAAAGCAACUUAUUAAUUUACCUUGUUUGUCGUUCUCCAAAGAUAUGUAUAGUGGAGAUAGACUUACUUACUCUUCUGCAUUCACUCACAAGUUACUAAUUCAGCUAUGGGCGAUUACAAAAAAAAUUAUUUAAUUCUCUCGAAUUUCGCAGAAAUCUUUGAAAAAAAAAGCAAACAUCCCAUUUUGUGAAAUUGUCCGAAAAUUCUUUGAGAUUUUUGAUUCAUUUUUACCAAAUAAUAGAAUGUCAUGACCCUUUCUUUAAAAGAACAACAUUAUGUGAACUAACUAAAUACCAACAUUUUAGAAAAGAUACCCUGUCUGUUUGUUUGCCAAUGGAAUAUUUAUUUUCCUUUUAUUGAUGUGGACACUUGAAACAAAUUGUACACUUAUCGUAAGAUAAUGAAUCGGAUGCUUUCUUUGUAGAAGUUAUCGAACUUUGUGAUUUUAAAUAAUCAGUCAUGUAGGCCCAGUACACUGUUAAAACGAAAUAUGUUUUUUUUUAAUGCCCAACACGAGGAAAUUUUACCAAAAGGUGUCCGACCUUGCGGAAAUUCAUGCCCGAUUUAGAUAUUAUUUUACUCAAACAUUAUCAACUUUUACUACAAAUUGAGCAAGAUGUGCCUAUAACUGCCCUGUCCAACUGUUAACCAGAUAUUUAAUUACUGCAUGUUCAGCAUUUUCUUUUACCCAACACUUUAAACAAUCAUUUACGCAUGCAUUUGAGCAUCACUUUUAAUGAUGCAGAAAUUUCCUGGAAGGGAUGUUCAUAUCUUUUCACUAUUGCAGAGUGCAAUUUUUUUACCAUAAAUGUAAGAAAGGUAAAUAUUUUGCUCAUUUUUAAGAGUAACAAUCCUUGUAUUAUGAACACUUUCAUAACGAUAUAUUUUGUGUGCAUCAAUAAAAAGUCACACAUUUACAGAAGUAGCACGUGUGACGUGACAAAAUUA